UGGUUGAGGCUGGGGCCUGAAUCAAACGGAGUCUGUGAAUGGCUGUACGUAAGGCGGCAGGAAAUCCCUGUUUGGUUGCAUCCCUUUCAUUGGGAUAAGGGACAGGAUUGACUAAACCGGGGAGGAGUGUAGGUGUUCAGAGAGGACCUGUUUGCGGGCGCAGGUUGCGUUUUGAGGGUGUUUGAACAUUGCUGCAACAUUGUUGCGCUCCGCCGCUGAAGACAGGACAAAAAGUCGGCGUUUAGCGGUCCAGCAGUGAAAGGAGCUACACAGCCGCUUGAUCAUUGUGUGUUGUGGUGUUGUAGGCCCGUUUCGGAGAUCGCUGUGCCUUCUGAGAGAAGUCAGCUUGAACCCCGACUGAUGGCCGGCUUCAGCUUCGUGUGCGCUGUGCUCCUCUGCGCCGCUGUGGCGCAGACCAAGCCGACGCUGAGAAAAGAGAGAGUUCAUCAUGAGCCAGAGCUAAGCAGGCAAGCCCACGAAGACAAUAAGAGCUUCCAGUAUGACCAUGAGGCCUUUCUGGGCAAAGAGGAGGCCAAAACAUUUGAUCAGCUCACCCCUGAAGAGAGCAAGGACAAGCUCGGAAAAAUUGUGGACCGAAUAGACAGCGAUGCAGACGGCUACAUCACCACAGCUGAACUCAAGGCUUGGAUAAAGCGCGUCCAGAAGCGUUAUGUGUAUGAGAAUGUAGCCAAGGUGUGGACUGAUUAUGACCUGAAUAAGGACAAUAAGAUUUCCUGGGAUGAGUACAAACAAGCCACAUAUGGAUACUACCUCGCCAACCCGGAAGAAUUUGAAGAUGCCACGGACCAGUUCAGCUUCAAGAAGAUGCUCCCUCGUGAUGAGAGGAGGUUUAAAGCAGCUGAUCUGAACAGGGACCUGGCAGCAGACAGAGAAGAGUUCACAGCCUUCCUCCACCCUGAGGAGUUCGAACACAUGAAGGAUAUUGUGGUUCUGGAAACCUUGGAGGACAUUGACAGGAACAGUGACGGGCAUGUGGAUGAGGACGAGUAUAUCGCGGACAUGUUUGCACAUGAGGAUGGUGGUCCAGAACCAGAGUGGGUCAAGACUGAGAGGGAACAGUUCUCUGACUUCCGAGACUUGAACAAAGAUGGAAAAAUGGACCAGGAUGAAAUCCGUCACUGGAUCAUGCCACAGGACUAUGAUCAUGCACAGGCGGAGGCCAGACAUCUGGUGUACGAGUCUGAUCAGGACAAGGAUCAGAUGCUGACUAAAGAGGAGAUCCUCGAGAACUGGAACAUGUUUGUGGGAAGUCAGGCUACUAACUAUGGAGAAGACCUCACCAGGAACCACGACGAGCUCUGAGCUCUCACUGCAGCUUCGUGUGUGUGUGUGUGUGUGUGUGUGUGUGUGUGUGUGUGUGUGUGUGUGUGUGUGUGUGUGUGUGUGUGUGUGUGUGUGUGUGUGUGUGUGGAGCGCUGGUCUACAAAGACACAAUCACACACAGUGACAGUAAGAGUGGGACAGAUGUCAGUUUGUUAGACUUCAAACCAACAUUGUACCAAAUGAGAGGACGCACGAGUGUCGAUCCUACCACUAACUCUGUGGGUCUGUUUCAGUCUUCGUAUCGGUGUUGUGCUUCUGACAUUCAGGAGCAAAGCCAGACCCCGUGGACUUACUUUCCAACAAUGGUGCCUUCCAGCCGAAUCGCCAGAUUCAUUGCCUCAGAGAUUUGUGUAGAUAGUCUGUAACAAAACUUGUCAAAGCUUAGUAUUGUCAGACAUGGGAACAAUUUUUGAUGCUAAUGUGAAACCACAGCUCAGAACGUUUGUUCUGAAUUUAUUUAUUUAUUAAAUUGCUUCUGAACUUUAGGUUUGAGAGGAAUAUAGUGUUCUACUAAAGGUCUUUUCCUUUUCAGAAAAACAGACAACACAAAUUUAGUUUUUUCGUUUGUUUGUUUACAGUUUUAUUGUCCUGUUAACUAAAGACUUUUUAUAUCCUUUAAGUAUUUUAAGAAUUGUUGAUUACUGAUGUUUAAUGGCAUGGUUUUUGCACGCAUUUGGUUUUAGUGUAGCCUGUGAAAAAAAUGUUUCUCCACAUUUAGUUUGAAAUGUAUUUAUUGGUAUACGUAAGGCCAACUGUGUGCUCAGUGUUCACAUUUUCACUUUUUGAUGUUUCAUUUUUAACUUUAUCUGUUUACAACUGUCUGAUUUUAAGGUCAAUUAGGCUAAGGCCUACUGAAUAUGUAAUGGGUGGAAAUAAAGUCUCCCUUCCUUGAUUU